AUGGUGAAUUGGAUUCUCGGAGACAAGUUCGACACGGUCUACCCUCACCAAGGGUCGAUCAAGGCUCUGUGGGAAAAGAAGUGGAAAUUCCCUUGCACCAAGUCCAUCUACCCAUUCCAUGAUGGCUCCGUGGAGGAUUUUGAACCCAUCUUCGAAAAGUUGAUCGCCGACAGUGUCAAUGAUGCCAGCACAGAUGCAUACACUGAGGCAUUCCUGCCUACUGCGACAGCCCUAGAGAACCAGGGAGACGAGGCUAAGAAGAAUGGGAACCUCGGGCUCGCAUCAGACCUCUACCGCCGUGCAGCAGUGGUCUUGCGUAUCUCGCGUUUCCCAUACGUCAGCCCGGCCACACGCCCAGAGACAUCCAUCAAGCGUGCUGCCUUCAACCGCCAGAAGAAGGUGUACCUGAAAGCCACGGCUCUAUGGAAGCCAGUCAUGACUGAGGUCAUAAUCCCGCACACCCAUCGUGCUGGCCGUGAUGGCGCUGAGAUCCCGAUGCUCGUUCGCUUGCCCGAGGAGGCCAGCGCCGACAACCGCGUUCCAGUGGUGCUUCUCAUGACUGGCCUUGAUGGCUAUCGCCCUGACAACAGUCAGCGCAGCCACGAGAUCAUCAGCCGUGGAUGGGCGACGGUCAUCGUCGAGAUCCCCGGUACUGCGGACUCGCCUGCGGACCCGGCGGACCCGGAAUCGCCUGACAGACUCUGGUCAAGCGUUCUGGACUGGAUGGCCCAGAGACCUGAGUUUGACAUGUCUCGGGUUGCAGCCUGGGGUCUCAGUGCUGGUGGCUUCUAUGCCAUUCGCGCGUCCUGUGUCCACCGCAAUCGUCUUCUUGGAGCUGUGGCCCAUGGCCCUGGAUCGCAUUAUGUUUUCAGCCCUGAAUGGUUGUCCAAGGCCAAUGACCAUGAGUAUCCAUUUGAGCUUACUACUGCCAUGGCCGAGAAGUACGGCUAUGACAAUGUUGACGACUUUGUGCAAAAUGCCCAAAAGAAAUUCUCACUGAUUGAGACUGGUAUUGUCCAACAGGAUAACUGUCGUUUGCUUUUGCUGAACGGCGUUGACGAUGGCGUCGUCCCGAUCGAAGACUCGAUGGUCCUGCUUAACCACGGAGGCCCCAAGGAGGGACGGUUCUUCGAGAAUAGGGUGCACAUGGGCUAUCCGGACACCCUGCCAGUGGCUUACAAGUGGCUGGAGAGUGUUCUGUCUCCCAAUAUGCCGCAAGUCAAGAACUGA